CAAGGAGACCAUAGCAUCCAGAGACUGGGGGUUGACAAGAGCUGAAUCUUAAUCGUUAAAGGUUUUGCACAGCAGCUCACAGGAAACAGCAGCUAAGGGGACGCUGAGGGAAACCACAGGAACCAUGUGCAAGGUAAGCGGAAGAUCUUCAGUGAAACAGAACAGGAACUGAGGCAGCGAGGGGAAGGUGGAGGAAAGAAACAGGGUGAAGGAGAAAGAGAGAAACCAGAGUGGGAGGAACACCAACCGUAGAAACGAUGGAUGAAACUCGAGAGAGGUUAUCGCCAGCAAAUCAAAACAUUACAAUGCGUACCGAUCCGGCAAAUAGCUCCGACCCGACCGUACGGCUGCGCCAAAAUACCUACCAUGUGGAACGAGAGCUGCUGAGCGUGGAGACCCUGGAGGUGCUGACCAAACGGUCAGAGAAGGUUGAAGUGCCGAUCCAAGAUAGACUGAAAAAACACCUGGAAUGUUCGCAAUCCAAAGCAAAAUCCUUGCUGUUCAGAUUCAUCCCGAUCCUCGUAUGGAUUCCCAAGUAUCCUUACAAAGACUGGCUGUUGAAUGACAUCAUCUCUGGUCUCAGCGUUGGGAUCAUGCAGUUGCCUCAGAGUAUGGCAUACGCUCUCCUUGCUGGGGUCCCGCCUGCAUUCGGACUCUACACAGCAUUCUAUCCAGUGCUGAUUUACUUUACAUUCGGGACAUCCAGGCAUGUCUCAAUAGGUACCUUUGCAGUACUGAGUGUAAUGAUUGGCACCGUGACUGAGAGGCUGGCACCGGAUGGUGACUUUGUAAUCUCCUCUGACAAUUCUACAAAUGCAACACUAGUCAUUGAUAUUGCGGCAAGAGACUUGAUGAGGGUCAAAGUGGCUACCUUGCUUACCUUCUUCAGUGGAGUUUAUCAGAUCGUGCUUGGGCUGAUAAAGUUUGGGUUUGUGGUCACGUAUCUGUCAGACCCGCUGGUGCGAGGUUACACCACCGCGGCUGCCAUCCACGUGCUGAUCUCACAGCUGAAGUACGUGUUUGGUAUCAACAUCCCCAGAUACAACGGGCCCUUAUCCCUCAUCUAUAGUGCGAUUGACAUUUGCAAAGCACUGCCAUUGACGAACAUUGCUACUUUGGUUAUCAGUAUUAUCGUCAUGGUCACUCUGUAUGCAUUGAAACUGCUAAAUGAUUACAUCAAAUCGAAAUCGCCAUUGCCAAUUCCUAUAGAACUCCUUGAGGUGGUGAUCGCAACAGUGGUUUCAGCAAAUUGUAACCUAACUGGAAAAUAUGGAGUGGAUGUUGUGGGAUCGAUUCCAAAAGGCUUGCAAGCUCCGGUCCUGCCGGAGUUCGAGAUGUCCUCCUCAAUUAUUGGAGAUGCAUUUGCUGUGGCCAUUGUAGGAUAUGGCAUUACCAUUUCUCUGGGGAAGAUCUUUGGACUUAAGCACGGAUACCAAGUGGACAGCAAUCAGGAGUUGAUUGCUCUGGGCUUGAGUAACUUUGUGGGAGGAUUUUUCCAAUGCUUUGGGGUUAGUUGCUCAAUGUCGAGGUCCCUGGUUCAGGAAUCCACAGGUGGGCAAACACAGUUGGCUUCAGUAGUUUCCUGCAUUCUUAUCCUGGUUGUCAUUCUGGAGAUCGGAUCACUGUUCAGUGCUUUGCCCAAGGCUGUUCUUGCAUCGAUCAUCAUCAUAAACCUCCAGGGGAUGUUUAAACAGUUCCGUGACAUCUGUCAUUUCUGGAAAACAAACAAGGUGGAUUUGAUGAUCUGGGUGGUCACCCUGCUGAGCACUGUAUUGUUGGGGAUGGACAUUGGACUCGCCGCCUCCGUUGGAUUCGCGCUUCUUACUGUGAUUUUCCAGACACAACUACCCACCUAUUCCAUCCUGGGACAAGUUCCGAUGACAGAUAUCUACAGAGAUAUUACUAAGUUUGAUACGGCCAAGGAAAUUUCAGGAAUCAAAAUUUUCCAGUCGACUGCUACCAUAUACUUUGCCAAUGCUGAGCUGUAUGAAGAAGCGCUCAAGAAAAAGAUGGGAAUCGAUGUCGCCGUCUUGAUUACAAAAAAGAAGAAGCGAAUCUUAAAACUGGAGAAAAAGCAGAAAAAAAUGGCAAAGAAAGAGAAGAAAGCCGAAAAAAAACAAAAGGGACAAAGCCUGAACAAGGAAAAACAGGUAGAGCAUACCACCAUCAGUGAUACAUUAGAAAACCGCUCCAUCAGUGUGAACAUGGACAUGGAGCAGCCGGGCAGUGGACCAGAGAAACACACACUGGAGUCACUGGGCCUGCAGAAACCCAAUGUCCACUCCCUCAUCCUCGACUUCAGCCCCGUCAACUUUGUGGACAGCGUCUGCAUCAAAAUCAUCAAAAAUAUUUUCCGGGAUUUCGCUGAGAUCGAGAUUGACGUGUACCUGUCAGGCUGUCACUGGUCCAUUAUUCAGCAGUUUGAAAAGGGAGAAUUCUUUGGAAAAACAAUCACAAAAUCACAUCUCUUCCACUCACUGCAUGAUGCUGUCCUCCACUGCCUGGCGAAACACCAACUCCCCAGCGAGCAGCCUGCUCUCAUGAAUGGACACCCUUCACUCUCCCACUCUCAGAACCAAGGGCAAGAGGCCAGUAAUGCAACAACAAAGUUUUAAUCUUCAGAAAUGUUGUCUUCGGGAAGUGUAUUCGAUGAAGAGGGAACAGUUUUUGCACUGGAUCAUUUUAGGAUUUGAUCCUCAAACUCUGGAGAAAAUGCAACAAUUUCAAAGUCUAUCACACAGGCUUAUCACAUAAAUCAGCCCAAAGUAGCAAGCCUUCAGCUCAUCUCUGCACUGCGUUGAAAAGUGUGUUUACCGUGAGAAUAACUGUGCAAAUCAAUCUCAAAAAGUUAUUAUUGAAUUACAAAGUGUAUUGAGGAAAUGGAAUGGUGUUUGGUUAGAACACUUCUUCUCUGGGACCAGGGCUCAGCAGCCCAGACAGACAUUGAAGAUAAAGCUCCCUCUGUUCUUUCAAGUCUCUUAUCUCCCGCUCUCUGACUUUGCCAAUCUAUCACUCUCUAUGUGGAUUGUUUGGCUCCUGUCAGACAAUGGAUGAAGUGUUUGUUUCCAUCUCUGUCCCAUUGACUUGUUUGGGAUCUUUCUCUCUCUCUUCCCCCCCCAUCCCCUCCCUUUCCGGUUCCAGGAUAAUGCUAACUUUAGCAUUGCUAUUUUGGUUGGUUGGACUGGAAGUAACAAGAGGACCCUCACUUCUCCCUUACCCUCACAAGAUACUAUUCCCCGUUUUGUCCAUGAAGCCUGGUUUAUACCAUCAGCUCCUCCCAGGAAUCCCAGCUCAUCCCAGAGCUAUGGUUAGUAAAAAGCUGUCACCGACAAUCUGCUAGUCAUGGACCUAGUUUCACAGCGAUGACCCUGAGUCCAGGUGGCACAAACUGAACCAGGCUGACAUACACUGAGCUGGGCUGACACACAGAUACUCACCCGCACAAAACUCUAUCCCCACAUCAUCCGAGUCUGUCAAACUCCACUGGCUCCCAAUUACCGAACAGAUCGAUUUCAAGAUCAUCUCACUCGGUUUAAAAUCACUUCAUGUCCUCCCACCUCCCUAACUAUCUGACUUGCUUACCCCCACUCCACCACCCGCUGCCUCUACUCGGCUGGCUCCGGCCUCCUAGCUGUCCCUCAUCCCAUCCACCAUUGGUGGCCAUGCCUUUAGCCACUACACCCCGAAACUCUGGAAUUCUCUCUCUCAAUCCAUCUGCCUUGCCCCCUCCUUCCCCACUUUCAAAUCCUACCUAAAGACCUUCCUUUUUGAUCGUGCUUACGGGCAGCUCUCCCCACCCUCUCUCCCUUUGGCUCAGUGGCAGACUCUGCCACUAUCAAGUACUCUAAAAUGCAACCCCACAUGAAGAGCACUAUAUAAAUGCAAAUUGUUGUUGAGCCAGGCUGACACACGCUGAGCCAGCUGAAGCCGAGACUAAGUCAACUUGGCUGAGUUGCACGCUUGCCUCUGGAUCAGAAGUUUGUGGGUCAAGCCCCAUAUUAUAAUAUGAGCUCAGAUUCCAGCAGUCUCAAGCAUUGUUGAACACUCAAUCUUUGGGCUGGGAUGUUAAGAUGAGCUCCCAGCUGCCGGCUCAGGUAGAAGGUUCAACAGCAUCACGAUACUUGAAAGGAGAAGGGAGUUUCUCCCGAGGUCCUGACCAACAACCCUUCAGAUAAAUUGGUGAUGAAUCUCCCAGCUGUUUGUGGGGCUUUGCUGCUGUGUUUGGCUACAAAAAGCAGUCACUAGUCUCACCCAAUUGCCUGUGAAGCACUUUGCUUUAUAGGUUUAGUGCUAUAAAAGUGAUUCUCUUAUCCACUGAAAUCCGCCAGCACUACUUUCACCCACAUUUGACAAAUCUUCAAAAAGUGUGUGAAAACCCAAGCUGCACACCCCCAUACCUGGAAUCUGUCCCCCGAUGCAGUGAAGUCCUGAUAACUUGUCACUCCAGGGGAAAACAGUUCAGUGAAGGAUUAUCUAUAGCGGCCAGUUGGCCACAUGUAUAAACAUAACAACAAAAUUGCAUUUGUAUAAGCGCCUUUCACGUCGGGAGGAUAUCCCAAGGCACUGAAACAUAAAAAUAAAUGAUAUUGACAGCAUGAUGACUUAAGUGCUAAUGAUAAAUUAAGCCAGAAUUGUGUUAUCAGGAGUUUCCUAUAUUUAUUUAUGUGUUACCUGAGUGAAAGCCCUUAACCCUUUAAUUCCUUGGAACAGGUUAUUUCUGCAAAAAUCAUUUGCCAACCAAUUUUUCAAAGGACAAACAAGAAAUUGAACAGAAGAAUCUCUUGGGUGCAUGAUUUAUUGUUAAAAUUAAGGCUUCUUUACUCUAAUGUUUGCAUUUUUGAUUUUAAUACUGCUACCUCCUCAAAUGAAAUCUCAGUUUAGCCUUAACCUCAGGCUCACAAUUAUUUUAACAAAAAAUAAACUAUUUCAAUAAAUGAC